GUUAAGUUACAAACUUAACAUUAAAAUCUGACAUUUGAAUGCCUCCUUUGCUAAAAUUAGUCACAAUUUAAUUGUUAUCACUCCCUGUGAGUUCAUAGAGAUUCCACAGGCAAAUUAUCACCUAAUAUGGAAGUCCUGUCUUCAAGUGAGGGAAAAUGACACAAAAAAGUUACAGUGAAAGUAAAAAGAAUGGUGAAUGUUGAUAUGGUGUACAUUGUACAUCAUGUAAAGGUAUUUGGUGAGUGCCAAAGGCAUAACAUUUCAUGUAUUGCUUUUUCAGGACAAAUUGCAUAACAGUGACAUUUUAAAAAGUGUGAUCAGAAAAAUAAUGAGUACAUUGUCCAGGCAGUACCAGUUUAUGGACGGCAUAUGCAGAAUCGUAAGCAUUACCGGUUGACCAAUGCUACUACAUAGUAAUGUGAUGUUGAAGCGCACAAAUUUACAGACAUGCCUAGUGUCAACUUGUCAAAUAUAUGAACUGACCAGACAGUUUAGAUUACAAAAUUUUCUGGCAGUUGGAAUAACCAGUGGUGUUCAAGUAACAGCUUUAUACAGUAUGAUUACAUCCCUGUUCCUGUCAGUCAAUAUAAGAACAGUGUACACAUGGGCAGCCUGGAUUAAAACAUCACAGAUUUUCAAAGCAACCAUGGCCAGACAACUUGAUGCCAUAAUGAUUUCUGCACUAAGUUCAUUGAACAAACUGACUUGGAAGUUGAGUUCUGCAACCCAUACUGCGUGUAGUAAUAUCAUAGCUGCAGCAUUGUGACAGAUACACUGUAUUACAUUAUUAAGAAACACCUAUGAUAAAUUUAUUAUAUGGCAGUGUCUCACAAGGACUGGGAACUACCGAAUUCACAAAUUUGAUCGGCUGAAAUCGAU